AUGGGAGCAACGAUACGUAAUUGCCAAAGUAAGAAGAACGUCGUGACUGACUGGUCGGGCCUUCAUCAAGAUUUUAAUAGCUGCUUCGCGGAGCAGAUAGUUUCCAUGAAGGAUUUCUUUGCUUUUGGAGGAGUUUGCAAAUCAUGGAGAUCAGAAGCGAUCAAGGAAAACUCUAAUGCAGCUCUGAGAUUACAGCACAAAGUUCCCAUCCUCCUCCCUCCAAAGGAGUACAAUGAUCCCAUCCGCAAUAUUUACAGCCUGACAAAAGGUCAUAUUUACCAGCUUGAUUUACCAGAAACUAAAAGCAAGAUUUGCUUUUCUUCUUUGGGAUGGUUGUUGACUAUAUCCUGGGAUUGUUCCAACCCCCAUCUUUUUAAUCCAUUAACUCAUGCCCAUAUUGAGCUACCCCUUAUUUCCAGCAGAUACUGGGAAGGUAAUGUCAGAAAGCUUGUAUUGUCAUCGAACCCUUCUUGGACAUCGAAUUAUGAGGUCCUGCUUAUGUCAUCACAUUGUUUGGCAUAUUACAGGCCUGGUUACAACAAUGGCAGAUGGAAUGUUCCUUUACUGGAGCUGGUAGUAUUAUUGGAUGCCGUUUAUUACAAGGGACAGUUCUAUGCACUGGACUUUCGUGGUAAGCUUUUUGUUUGUGAGAUGGAAGAUCCUAAUAAUACCCAUCUGAGGCUUGUUGCAGAGGUUCCUUUGGAAAUACUCUUAGGCCCUGAGAUUCAUCUUAAUAAAGCAUAUUUAGUGGAAUCAGCCACAGGGACCCUGUUAUUGGUUCUCUCCUUAUUUGAUGAAGACUAUGAUACAACUAUUGCUUGGAGGGUGUUCGAAGUGCCAUUUGAUGAUGGUAAAUCAUGGGCAAAAUCAGAGGUAAAGAAUUUGGGGAAUACAACCUUAUUUGUGGGUGCAAACUAUUCUUCAUUCUCGAUUGAGCCUUUAGAUAAUUCUGUAUGCAAGGCCAAUUGUAUUUAUUUCCUAAAUCGGAGUCACGUAUCUACAAGAGAUCACAUCGACAUGGGUAUUUACUAUAUGGAUGAAGGGAAAAUAGAGAAUCACUUGGAAACAUUGCUUAAUUUUCAUUACAAAGGAAAGAACCUAACGUCACAUUCAUGGAUCCAACCGAGUUUCUAA